AUGUCGAGUAAUCGCAACUAUGACUUUCUCAUCAAGCUCCUCCUCAUAGGUGACUCGGGCGUCGGCAAAUCAUGCUGUCUCCUGCGCUUCAGCGAGGACUCCUUCACCCCCUCGUUUAUCACCACCAUUGGCAUCGACUUCAAGAUCCGCACGAUUGAGCUCGACGGCAAGCGCGUCAAGCUUCAGAUCUGGGACACGGCCGGCCAGGAGCGCUUCCGCACCAUCACCACCGCCUACUAUCGCGGGGCCAUGGGCAUCCUGCUCGUGUACGAUGUCACCGACGAGCGAUCAUUCAACAACAUCCGCACAUGGUUCGCCAACGUGGAGCAACACGCCACCGAGGGCGUCAACAAGAUCCUCAUUGGCAACAAGUGCGACUGGGAGGACAAGCGCGUCAUCAGCACGGAACAGGGCCAGGCCCUCGCCGACGAGCUCGGCAUCCCCUUCCUCGAGGUCUCCGCCAAGAGCAACAUCAACAUUGACAAGGCCUUCUACUCGCUCGCCGCCGACAUCAAGAAGCGUCUCGUCGACAACUCCAAGAGCGAGCAGUCGGCGAGCACAGGCGUCAACGUCGGCGACAAGGCGAGCGGCGGUGGCAGCAAGUGCUGCUGA